AUGGCAAAGGCUAAGAGCAAAAAUACAAUUGUAAAACUGAUAUCAACUGCAGCCACAGGGUACUGUAGACAUAUUACUGUCAAGAGAAGUGCUCCUUUGGUUCACCAAGUCAGGUACGAUCCUAUUGCUGAACGUCAUGUUUUGUUUAAGGAAUCGAAAAAGAGAAAGGUUGCAGAUGUCAAACCUUUGGACUUUUUAAGAACUGCCAAGUACUGA